GUUUUAACGAAUGCUAUUAUUGUCCUGCUUGAUCAAUAACACAGUUGACGUUAUAAGACACCUUAGUUUUUGGUAGAAGAUGGUGAUCUGGUUGUGUAUUGAGAACAGAUGAAUUUCACGACAUCAGACCUAGAUGAGGAAUUUUUGUCUGAGCAGUCUACAACGCCUUAUUUGUUUUACAAGUCAUUCUCCAUACCAAAGAAAAAUGAGAUCGAUGUUGUCGGAUUAGCGGUCGGUGUCUUCUUCUGCGUCAUGGGUGUGACGUUAGUUAUUUAUUGCAUCACAAGGGCUUCUGGAUGUUACAAUACUAGAGGGCAGCCAAGGACAGAGAUAAAAAUAACCUACUUUGAAGAUGAUGCUGUCACCGGUUUAAGUUUACCAACUCAUGCAGACGACGAGACGACAUCAGCAGACGAUGACAAACCUACAUUAGACACACUAAAAAUACCUUGUGAGCAAUUAAACUCUUUUCCGCUUCAAGGAUGUUCAGAGACCAAAGUGUUCGUAGACAAUAACCCUUUUAUAUCUCAAGGGAAAGUGCUGGAAAGUGACACAAUAAUUGGUUUGAAGAGAAUGGGGAUAUUAUAGCGUAAUGAACCUUUUAUUUCUUAAUUUAUAUAAAUAUAGGUGUGAAGUGUUCAUAAGAAUUUUGCAUCAAACACAUAGGUCUAUUGGAAUGGAAUUCAUAUCUUGAUAAUUGUCCUGAAAAUUUUCUAACAUUAAAUCAUACGAGAUUC